AGUGCGCGUGUGCAUUACAUCAAUUAUCCCUUGCACUCCUAAACAACGCUUUUUUUGUACUUUGGCAAUGAGUAAAGUCUACAAAAUGCAGUCCGCUGGGCUUUCUCUCAUCACUAUUUUUGGUCGUGAGUGCAAACGCCAACCGGAUGCUUCACGUUUAUACAUCCGGUAAAAUAUCAUGCUCAUUGGUCUGUCUGUGAAAGAACCAUAAACGCCAAGGCUACCGCUGUAUUAUGGAAGAUGAAGAGGUUUGCGAAAGUUGGGAGGAAGCUGCAGACAGCGGGGAAAUUGUGAAAAGACUUGAGGCAAAGUUGAAGAUAAGCCAGAAAGCAAAGAAAGCAAGCAUCAGCUCAGGUAGCUCCCCCAUACGAACUGCCAUGGUUAUCCAGGAUGAAUCUCUACCUGCAGCCCCCUCACCUCAAAUCCGAAUUCUGAAGCGCCCCUCAAGUAAUGGUUCCUUGGAGUCCUCUGGUUCAUCCAACCGCCUCACCCAGCAGCCGAAGUCACUGGCCCAGCGGGAGGCAGAGUAUGCUGAGGCCCGCAGGAGGAUUCUGGGUAGUGCUAGCUCUGAAGAAACGCCUCAGGACAAACCCAGGCCAGAAAGACCAGUGCGAGUGAGUGCCCAACCACCACAGCCAGAACUGGUUAGUCUGAACAAUCACAUGAUCCGCCAACCCACAGGCCCAGACGGUACCUCAGGCUUCCGUCGCUACAGAUAGAGGAGGAUCCAUAGUCUCUUCUUGGGGGCAUGGUGUGCAGAGGACAAAGGGGAGGUAACAUGCCUGCGCGGAGGGUUGCGUCAGAUCUCCUGUCUGUCCCACACUGACCAGGGCUUUGCCUCAGGACUCCAUACACUGUGAUAUCUCCCAUGAUUCACCCUAAGCUUCCCAAUGCCCCUCUCAGUGCCCCUUUUCUGUUGAGGACCAGGGUCUUCCAGGGUUCGCGGCAUGCCCACCUUGCCCUCCAGGUGAAUGACAGACUGAGUCUGUGGGACUUCAAGGUGGCCAGGGGAAAGUUGGGAAUGAACCUAUCGACAGACAUGUGUGGAUGAGGGCCAUGGAUAGAGCAGGGGAGUGACAAGGUGCCACUACGACGUAUUCAAGCAAUAAUUCUGAAAUCAAUAUGAAAACCCGGCUUCUCUAUCUAAACUGCCAUCUGCCUGGGCAGUAUAUGUUAAUAUUUGUUUUAUGUUUUUAAUUAAAUUUUUUAUACAUUUCCUGGUUUUAUUUUCCUGUUUUUAAAAACUGGGCAGGAACUGAAGGGUACAUUUGGAAUUAUUAGGUUAAUGUCUUUCUUGCAUCUAGAUGCUUUUGUUUAUUAAUCUGUUUUUUUUAAAGUGGCAAUGUUAUACAGUAGAAGAAAAACAAAUGAUAUAAUAUACAAUUUAGUGAAGCUGAAUGUUUUUAUAGGAUCUUAUACACAUGGUCAUUGAAAGUAGUAGCCAUUAUUAAAAUAUACUAAGUAUAUGUUGAGAUUAGAAUAAAAUACUGUAUUUUAUAGACAGCCAAAAAGUAAUCCUGAAAAAUAUUCAAACUGAGUGGCCCUGUUGCUUCUUGUGCAGAGAGACGACCAAGAAAGAGGGGCCACAGAUUUUUAUUUAAUUUUUUUGUGAUUAAGAGUUGUUUGAAUAGGAAGCCAUUGGCUGGAGGAGUUUAACUUUUAAGCAGUGUCUCUAUUCUGUUCAGUCUUUCUUUUUGUCCCUCUCCAGGGUUGCCUUACUUGGAGAGAGGAUGAUAAAGACAAGUUGGAAUAAAAACUACAAUAGAGUGAGAGAUUGAUGAGGAUGUUGCAAUUUGCUUGGUUAGAAGGCAAUGUUAUUAAGUAGAGUGCCAAAGUUGAACAGAAACCCAAUUUUCCCCAGCGGAGGUGGGACAUGUCAUAGCUUUUAAUCUGUCUAGUUUUGUUAAUGAAAUGACAAACUACAGAUUGGCUGUUUUUAAACUAUACUAAAUGUGUAAACUCAAUGCCUUAAAUUCUUUGGUUUCAUAUUGGACCCCACAGUUACCAAGGCACCUCAGGUUAAUGCUCUUGGAUGCUGUGAUUUUUAAUUUUAUGUUCUCACCUUUAACUCCCUUUGCCUCUCAUGUCUGUUAUUUGGCCAGCCUAAGAACCCCAGGAAGGUGGUUUUGUUGGCCCCUCUCUCAGGGAGGUUUUAAUGCUGGACAAGCUAAAUCAUGGGUCUCACCAGAGGUGGUGACUGACUGGACUUGUUGUAUAGCCUACUUUGUGAAGAAAGUCCCAUACGGUAACCUCUUUUGGGAGUAUACCUAAAGUAUGUUACAUCUGGGCCACUUGAAAAGUAAUUUUAACCUUAUCCUUUAUUAGGAUUAUUGAUCAGAGCUGGCUAGACAGUUGAAAGCAAUAUGGUGGCGAAACGCAGGUGUAUUGUAUAACCCCCUGAGUGCGGUUUCCACACCUGCCAGAUCAGAGAUUAGCCUGGAAAAGGAAGGGAGCAGACCAUGGAGGAUUCUGAUCCUCCUGAUCAGUGUUGGGUUUAAUUCAGAAAGUGAAUUAAUAUAAUUAAGUCCAUAUGAAUUGUAAACUGAAUUGACCUCACCCCUGCAUUUGAGCCUGCGCAGCUCCAGUAACCAUCGGUUAUGGGUGACAAUGAAGAGAUGAGGAUAGUCUCAUGUGGAAACAUGGAAAGACAAACACAUUAGCCUGUAAUUUUUUUUUCAUGCCCUUUAAUAAAAACCUAUUGACAAGCGAAACACAAAAUUGCAAAUAUGUUUGGUGUACAGCAUUUUAUUUAUAAAAUGGGAUAUGUUCAUGGAGUAACUCAUAUUAGUAGUUUUACAGAUGCAAUGUAUAGCUGAGAAUUGAACCGUAAACGGCCCAUAACUCAAUGUCUACAGGAUGCAUUUCAAAUGCAUUUGAUUAUAGAAUUCUUAAACAAUCAUAUGUGAAUGACAUUCUGCACAACUGACAAAUUUAAUUGCAUUUCAGAAAUGCUUAAUGUGACCAUGGUUGUCAAUGUUAAGUUCCCAAUGAGCUGUGCUUUUGAAGUUCUAUUCAGGUACAAAACAUUUACUUUCAGUUAGGCUAAUGCUUGAAAUUAUUCAAAUUGAAACCGUGGCAGUAACAACUCCAUCCAUGUAUGAUUAAAUGUUCCCUAAUUUUAUUGGGCUGUUGUAGCACAAUUAGAUUGUUUUCCUUCAGAGAACUUUCCAGUGAGAAAAUAGCCUUUAAUGCAGUAAGCACUUGACAUGUCUUAUUACAAACCUGAGGAUGAUCUAUAAAUGUCUGUCAUCCUAAUGUAUGUCUCCUUGGUUGUAAUUUACAGUAACUGUCCUGUCUAGCCUAAUGUCCUGGAUACAUUGCUUCUGUUAUUUUUUGUUUGAAUAAACUGCAGUAAUUAGAACUUA